GCGCCCUCAUUAUGCAUAGCGGAUUUUGUCUGUGCGCGCGCGCUUCACCCGGCAGCAUUCACGCAUCACCGGCUGAAACACACAAUCACACCCGCAUGAAAAGUGGGCUAACAAGGACCUCGCGAAGGAGAAGACUAGAAAACCUUUCUUGUCGGCUGUGAAAUGCAACAGACACCUAGGAAAUGAUGUACAAAGAGAACACGAUUAAGGCUGUCACACUCAUCUUGUCUUGCCUGCUAUGGCAAGCCCAUGGGAAGCCUCUGUUUCCUGAACAGGAGAAGGAUCCCCAGUAUUGGAACUCAUGGGCACAGCGUACUCUGGCAAAGGCUCUGGAGACAGAGCGCAACACAAACAUUGCCAAGAAUCUUAUUCUUUUCCUGGGAGAUGGUAUGGGUGUACCUACAGUGACAGCAGCCAGGAUCUUGAAAGGACAGUUGAAUGGUCACUAUGGAGAGGAGGGUCAGCUGGAGAUGGACAAAUUCCCCUAUGUGGCCCUUUCUAAGACCUACAACACGAACGCUCAGGUGGCAGACAGUGCUGGCACGGCCACGGCAUACCUGUGUGGAGUGAAGGCCAACGAGGGCACGGUGGGUGUGAGUGCGGCAGCUGUGAGGGGCCAGUGUAACACAACGCAGGGUAACGAGGUCACUUCCAUCCUUAAAUGGGCCAAAGAUGCAGGGAAAUCUGUGGGCAUCGUAACAACAACACGAGUGACCCAUGCCACCCCUAGUGCAGCGUAUGCCCACUGUGUGGAACGUGACUGGUAUUCAGAUGGAGAAAUGCCUGCUGAGGCAGUGCAGGAGGGCUGUAAGGACAUCGCCAGACAACUCAUGGAGAACAUUCCCAAUAUUAAUGUAAUCAUGGGUGGUGGACGAAAGUACAUGCUUCCUAAAAACAUGUCGGAUGUGGAAUACCCUGGUGAAAAGAAGCACAGUGGGACACGCAAAGAUGGCCGGAAUCUGAUUCAGGAAUGGAUUGACAAAAUGAAGGACAAGAGGGGUUACUAUGUUUGGAACAAAAGGGAUCUUCUUUCAGUAAAUCCCUCUUCUGUUGAAUAUCUACUGGGACUGUUUGAGCCAGGAGACUUGCCUUAUGACUUGGAGAGGAAUAUCAGCGCUGAUCCUUCCCUCACCGAGAUGGUGGACGUGGCUAUAAAGAUCCUCAGGAAAAACCCUAAGGGUUUUUAUUUGCUAGUAGAAGGUGGGAGAAUUGAUCAUGGACACCAUGAAGGCAAAGCCAAACAAGCCCUGUAUGAAGCUGUAGAAAUGGACCGUGCCAUUGGUCGAGCUGAUCUCCUCACCAGCACCCAUGACACCCUAACUGUUAUUACUGCUGAUCACUCGCAUGUGUUCAACUUUGGAGGCUACACACCACGAGGAAACUCCAUCUUCGGACUGGCACCUAUGGUGAGUGAUGUUGAUCAAAAGCCUUUCACAGCCAUUUUGUAUGGAAAUGGUCCUGGGUUCAAGCUCAUCAAUGGUUCCAGGGUCAACGUCUCCACUGUGGAUUAUCAGGAAAACAACUAUCAAGCACAGGCAGCUGUUCCGUUACGCAUGGAAACACAUGGAGGUGAAGAUGUUGCCAUUUUCUCCAAAGGGCCUAUGGCACACCUGCUUCAUGGAGUGCAAGAGCAGAACUACAUUCCCCAUGUCAUGGCUUAUGCAGGCUGCAUUGGCCUGAACAAAGACCAUUGCCCCUCAGGCAGCAGCUCUGCUCCUUCAGCCACAACAGUCCCUCUCACUCUAGCUCUACUCAUCGUAAUCUCUUGGUUAUUGUGCUGAAAUCAUUGCUUUUGCCAACAUACUUACAAACUUACUUAUAGACUUUAUUAUCUGACAUCAGGUACUGUAAGGAUGAAUUUUAUAUAUAUAUUUUAAAAAAGUUUUCACUUUUAAAAGAUCUUUGUACCACAUUUUACACAUUGGGAUCACUGCUUAUAUUGAAGAGAAUAAAACAAAUAAGAAAGUGAUAUAAAGAUGAAGGACUAAUAGAAGUACCUAAAGAAAUUAAGGCCGAUAACAUGAACAUAGAAAUAUGUUUUCUUUUAUGUUUUCUUGGCUUAAUACAUUGUCAAACCCUAGAAAAAACAAGCUGUUUAAAUAUUGUUUUUAAAUAUUACUUACAAUUUUUUAUCGACUGGAUAAUAUCUUAAUUCUGAUGCUCUAUAUGGUAUUUUCAAGCUGCAGAGAUAUAGGUACUUAUAAAUUCUAAACUAUAAUUUAGAUUAAAAAGAUAAUGCUUAAUUAUUUAUUAGGAUCAUAAAAGAAAUCUACCAAGUAGUGUUAAUUUCGUCAGACGAGACGAGACGAAAUAUGUUCAACAACCUUUUUUUCAUGACUAAGACGAGACGAUGACAAGACUGCACCACUGUCCAAAAACGCUAAGACUAAAUUAACAUGCAUUAUUGUUGACGAAAAAAGAAGACGAAAAUGUUUUGUAUAAAAUAAAAACUAAGAUAAAAUCUCUUAAUUUUCGUCUACAAUUGUCUCUGCUUUUUCAUCAGCUGUUACAGUACGCCUUUAAAAUAUUCAGCACGAGUUCGCGGCUUCACGCUGUUGCUCAAGUUACAGGUCCGUGAAGCGGAUCCCGCUUAUUAUAUUGCUACCUACCAAAUAAAUCGAUAAUUUGACUCAAAAUGAUGAUUUAAAAAGGAGUUUAUUGAUUUAAAAACGAUUGUAUUGGUUCCGUUAAAGAAAAUAGUGCGCUCCGUCUCUACGGUUAGAAUCCUGUGUGUCCAUGGCAACGCUCUGUUUUUCAUGGCAACGGUGUGUUAUAGUUCGCAGCAGUCUGUUAUCAAGAAAUAAAAUAGUGUGUGCGUAGAAGGAAUUCGUCCACACGCCGCUCAAACAAACAAACAAACAAACAAACAAAUAAAUAAACAAAUAAAUAAAAACUCCUGAGCGCAAGUCCACCCCUGGUCUAGGCAGCUUUUUGUGUUAAAUUAUAUUUCCUGUCGCUGCGCAGGCUCUUUUAUUGUACAUGACAGCUUAUGUCCCGAUGACCGGUCUUUGCAUUACGAUUAAAAGCAGUAUCAUUAAAGUAAAAAAUGUGAUGUGCAGUCAAGUUUGAGUGUAUGCACUGUUUAAACGAGUGUUCUCAACUUCUCACUGAUACUUUUGUGAUUCGCGGAGUUUUGACAAGUUUUAUAGCCUUGAUAUUGUUUCUUAUUCAAAAGUGGUGACAGAAAAACUCAGCACCCCAACCUGAAACCUCUUCCCAAGCCUCUGUCACAAUCACAUCAUAAUCAAAAUUAAUAAUUAGGCUUAAAAGCAAAUGUAUAUGUAAGGGAAUCAAGUUUAACAAUUACAUGUAAUAUUGCUCCAAAUAUCAUCAAUAAUGGUGUGUGCAAUAUAUAUAUAUAUAUAU